AUGGCAAUUGGCUUAAUUAACAACACCAUCUUGAAAGCCGGUUCUCCCUUUCAAUCACUGACCACGAUGAAUGAUCAACCAGUUAAUAUGCCUUCUGAAGAUGUUGUAAUUCCUCUCACAAUCUUCGAUAAAGCUGCUUUCGAUCUUCAUGUAGCUGUUUUAUACGCAUUCAAACCACCCAUGCCAUCAAAUGAAGUCUUGAAAGAUGCACUCUCCAAAGUUCUUGUUUAUUACCCACACUUAGCAGGAAGGUUCAUAACCGACGAUCUAGGCCGAACUUGUAUCCUACUAAACAACGCAGGUGUUCGCAUAACCGAAACCUACAUCCCCUCAACGCUUGCUGAGCAGCUCCCAUUCAAUCCAUCGAAAGAUGUUAGCCAUCUCCUUCCACCUGUUGAAGGAGUUGAAAAGUUGUUUCAAAUUCAACUCAACCGAUAUGCAUGUGGUGGUCUAGUCAUCGGGGAAACUUCUCAUCACCGUGUUGCGGAUGGUCAAUCCAUGAGUUCUUUCUUUGUGGCAUGGGCUAGAAUGGUCAGAGGUCUCGACAUAGAAACACUUCCUUAUCAUGAUAGAUUCCUUGUUUCUCAACCAAGAAACCAACCUAAAAUUGAAUUCGACCAUCCAUCCAUCGAGUUCAAAAAGACAACUGUUAAUCCAGAGACUACCCCAGUCUUUUCUUCCAUUGAAACUUUGAUCAUCAACUAUUCUACUGAGUUCAUUAACAAGCUCAAGUCUAAGGUUGUUGGAGAAAACUGUAACCCACACAAACGAUACAGCACUUUUGAAUGCUUACUUUCUCAUGCGUGGAAGAAAGUGACCCAAGCUAGAGGACUUGACUUGGAAGAGUCAACCCAAGUUAGAGUUGCUGUAAAUGGAAGAGCAAGAAUCAAACCAGCAGUACCCAUGGAGUAUUUCGGCAAUUUAGUACUGUGGGCUUAUCCAACCUUGAAAGUGAAGGAAUUGUUGCAAGAGAGUCAUUCAUAUGUGGCAGAAGCAAUCCAUGAUGAAGUUAUUGUUGGAUGGGCUUCAGAUUCCCUCUACAUUGCUGCAAAAGUCAGGGUUAGAGAAUCUGCAACCCAAAUGGAUGUCAUAUGUAAGCAAUUAGGAAAAAACCUCAUGUAA